AUGAAACCGUUUAGCGAAACAUUGUUCGGUCGUUGCUGGGCUAAAUUGACAAGACGACAAGAAUUCAAUUUAAAUAAUGCGGAACGCAGAGAAGAACCCGCCGUGGCCGUAGAACCUAAACCCAAAGGAGAUGAGGCAUUGCCGAUGAAACAUGAUUCCGAUGCUACAAAUGGCGAUGUUGGUCUUCAGAUCGGCCAAAACUAUACCAUGCCGAAGCAGAAAAAUUUGCUAGUACGACGAUUCUAUAUAUUAUCGUGGAUUGGUAGCUAUGAUCGUGAAAAGGCAGUAGCAGAUUUAAUUGCUGGCAUCACCUUGGGUAUGACAAUUAUACCGCAAAGUAUAGCCUAUGCAGCGCUGGCAGGACUCUCAUCGGAAUAUGGUUUAUAUUCGGCAUUUAUAGGUUCAAUUAUUUAUGUAUUCUUCGGAACAAUACCUCAAGUGUCUAUCGGUCCGACAAGUUUAAUGGCUCUCUUAGUGUUGCAGUUCUGUGCGGAUAAACCUGUGGAAUUUGUUAUUGUUUUAGCAUUUAUGGCGGGGCUGUUUGAAUUCCUUAUGGGCGUAUUUCAGUUGGGUUUCAUAGUGAACUUUAUACCAUCGCCUGUAACGAAAGCCUUUACCUCCGGUACAGCUUUAAUUGUGGCCUUAGUUCAAGUGAAAACUCUAUUCGGUGUUCGAAUCAAGGGAAUACCUACACCGGCAGAAUUUUGGAAUAACAUUAAAGUUCCCGAUGCCAUUGUGGGAGUUAUAUGCCUAGUUGUGUUGUUGCUUUUAAGGCAAUUAUCCAGCGUUGAGUUCAAAAAGAAGACCGACUCAACCCGUCGCAUUAAAAAGUUACUGUGGUACAUUAGCAUUUCUCGCAAUGCUUUGGUUGUCUUUACACUGAGUUUUAUUGCGUACCUUUGGAUUCAGAAGAGCUCUUUCGAGGCUAUACCAUUUUCGCUGUCCUCUAAAGUUAGCUCUGGUUUGCCACAAUUUAAACUGCCACCUUUCUCCUUUGAAAGUGGCAAUCGUACUUAUGGAUUUUUGGACAUUUGUUCUGAAUUGGGUAGCGGUCUGGGUGUCGUGCCUAUUGUUGCGGUGCUGGCUAAUGUGGCUAUUGCCAAGGCUUUUGUUAAGGACAGCCAAUUGGAUGCUUCUCAAGAAAUGUUGACAUUGGGCCUGUGCAAUUUGGCUGGUUCGUUCUUUAGUGCCAUGCCCACCUGUGGUGCUUUUACACGUUCUGCUGUCAGUCAGGCUAGUGGUGUGAGAACCCCAAUGGCUGGUAUUUAUACGGGUAUUAUCGUGUUCUCUGCAUUGUCCAUUCUUACACCAUAUUUCCAGUAUAUUCCGAAAUCCUCACUGUCAGCCGUGCUCAUAGCUGCUGUGAUAUUUAUGGUUGAUUUCAGUCCCGUCAAAACCCUUUGGAAGAAUAAUAAAAAAGAUUUCUUCAGCUGGACUGGUUGUCUGUUGGUGUGUUUGAUUGCCGGUGUCGAAGUUGGUCUUCUAUAUGGCAUUUUACUUAAUAUGAUUUUUGUGUUAUUAAGAUUGGGUAAUCCCAAGGUGGAAGUUAAUCUGAAACAGUGUGACACCGUCGCCUAUGUUCAUGUGAAACCAUUGUCAGAUGUUUACUUUUCCGGUGUCGAUUCGAUACGCACCGAAAUACGUUCCGCCUGCAUUUUAUAUCGUUACGAUUUCCCCAUCGUAUUAGAUUGUUCCCGAUUUAUGCUGUUCGAUGCCACGUUCAUUGAAAUGCUCACCGCUGUGGCCAAAGAAAUCGCUGAGCAAAAACAAAUGUUCAUUUUGCAGUCGUUAAGUGAAAAAUAUAAAUCUCUUUUGCCCGCCGAUAAUUCGAAUAUUCAUUAUGCCAUGAAUCCAUUAACAAUGGAUGAUUUUCUGGUGCCGGAGAAAAAAGCCAAUGGAAAUGGUGCAUUAAUGGCUUAA